AUGUUCAGAAACAAUUACGACAACGAUGCGGUCACCUUCUCGCCGCAAGGCCGGAUAUUCCAGGUUGAAUAUGCACAGGAAGCAGUCAAGCAAGGAUCAGUUGUCGUAGGACUUGUCAACAAGACACAUGCCGUGCUUGUCGGUCUAAAGCGAAAUGCCGAAGAACUAUCCUCCUAUCAGAAGAAGAUCAUCGAAGUCGACUCCCAUAUGGGCGUUGCUAUCGCCGGUCUGGCAUCGGACGCUCGUGUGCUCUCCAACUACAUGAAGCAACAGUGCCUUGGUUCCAGAAUGACUUACGGCCGCCCACUGCCAGUGGAUCGUAUCGUUACUCAAAUUGGCGAUCGCGCCCAGACCAACACUCAGCAAUAUGGCAAGCGACCAUACGGUGUCGGUCUGCUCGUUGCAGGUGUCGACGAGGCUGGGCCCCAUCUGUUCGAAUUUCAGCCGUCCGGCAUGAUUCAAGAGAUGCUUGCUUGCGCCAUCGGGGCUCGUUCGCAAAUGGCGCGGACUUACUUGGAGCGGAAUCUGGACAAGUUCGCCGACUGCAGCCGGGAAGAGCUGAUUAGCCACGGACUUCGGGCUUUGAAAGAAACGUUGUCUCAUGACAAGGAGCUGACGGUGGAAAACACAUCUGUCGGCGUGGUGGGCCUUGUUGGAGAAGGGGCUACAAGCAAGAUCGAGACCUUCAAGUUAUAUGAUGGCCAGAGCAUCUCACCGUUGCUGGAAGCUCUUGAGCAGACAGAGUCCGGGGAGACGAAAGAAGAGGAGUCGAUGGAGGUCGAUUCAUAG